GGAAGAUGUGGCGAUUAUGAAGAAUACGGGAUUGGAUGCUUAUAGGUUUUCUAUCUCAUGGUCCAAUUUAUUACCAAGUGUAUGGACCCAUUGUCCACUGGUGACUAUCCGCACAGCAUGCGAUCAAUUGUUGGAGAAAGAUUACCAAAAUUCACAGAAGAACAAUCCAAGUUGCUAAAUGGGUCAUUUGAUUUUAUUGGAAUAAAUUACUAUUCUGCUAGAUAUGCAAGUGAUGCAUCUGAUAUUAUUUAUUUACAUACAAGCUACGUAACAGAUCCUCAUGUUAAUGUUACAACUGAGCUUAAUGGGGUUCCUAUUGGUCCACAGACUGCUUCAGAUUGGUUAUAUGUUUAUCCAAAAGGAAUUCACGAUCUUAUACUCUACAUAAAAGAGAAGUAUAAUGAUCCAAUCAUUUACAUUACUGAGAAUGGCGUUGAUGAGUUCAAUGAUCCCAAAGUAUCACUUCAAGAAGCUCUUAAUGAUACCAAUAGAAUUGACUACUACUGUCGUCACCUUUGUUACCUACACGCAUCCAUUAAAAAUGGUGCUAAAGUGAAAGGAUAUUUUGCAUGGUCAUUAUUGGACAACUUUGAAUGGAAUUAUGGAUACACUGUUCGGUUUGGUAUCAUCUAUGUGGAUUUUGAAGAUGAUCUAAAAAGAUACUCAAAACUUUCGACGUAUUGGUUCAAAAGGUUCCUCAAGAAGCGAGAAAAAAGUAUGAAAAAGAUACAAAUAUUUGUCGACAAUAAUGGUGGGACACCAAAUGUUUGAAUUCCAAAUUGUGGAUAGAGUACGACAACUCCCCAGAAGUUGUAGUGCGCGAGUUGUCUUUUAAGUUUUCAGUUUUUCUUUAAGUUCAAUUCUUGUGCGAGUUAGUUCCCUCCUUUUGUGAGAGUCUAGGGGGUGUAUUGAAUUAGGAUUGUAUACGAUUUUGAAAGAUUUUUUUUAAGUGAUAGAUUUUCUGGAAUUGUAUAAUUCCUAUAGGUUUUACCCGGAUUUUUAAUAAACUUGUAUAAACUUUUAUUAUAGGCUUCCAUACUUCUGUAUGAACUUGUGUUAUAGAUUCAUAUAUUUUUCCAACACAUGUAUUAGUCACUCUUUCUUCCCAACA